GGCUAGUGACUGCAGCACGUCACCAUAGUUACAUAGAAGAUGUUACUGACGCGGACGUCGUAGCUGAGCACGUGCGAGGUAAAUUGGUUCUUUUCAGUUGGCACCAGUGAGGCGCAGCAACCGUUAAUUACCGUUAACUUAACCGCCAUGUCAGAAAAAGCUCCUCUUCUACAUUAUCGACUCACCGCCAGCGCCAGUCCGGAGCCGAAAGAUGUGCCCAAAUCGAACCGGACCAUGGUGGGCAGAGACGGCCGACAGUCCAAUGACAAGACCGCCCGAAAGCUCGGAGUGGUUUUUGGAGUUGUUAUCCCAACUUUACUGUCCAUGUUUAGCGUCGUUGUGUUCCUGCGAAUUGGAUUUGUUGUAGGUCAAGCAGGGCUAUACCAGUCCAUCGCCAUGUUCCUGGUAGCCUACUUAAUCAUCACCAUGACUGUUCUUUCUGUCUGUGCCAUCUCCACCAACGGGGCUUUAGACGCUGGAGGUGCCUACUACAUGAUCAGUCGAGCCCUGGGUCCAGAAUUUGGUGGCAGCAUUGGCAUCAUGUUUUUCUUUGCCAAUGUGUGCGGCAGUGCGCUCUACGUUUUGGGCCUGGUUGAAGCUAUCAUGUCUGCCUUUGGUGUCCCAGAAGAGGGUGUUGGAGCGGUUGCAGGUCUCCAUCAGGUGUUGCCUUCAGGAUACUGGUGGUCUCUGCUUUAUGGCACUGUCCUGCUCUUCUUGUGUUUCAUUGUCUGCUUGAUAGGAGCCCAUAUCUAUGCCAAAGCCACUUUUAUCAUCUUCAUCAUAGUCACGACUGUCCUGACUUCCAUCUUCAUCAGUUUCUUCAUUGUGGGGCCCAUGGCGGUGACUCUGUCAGAUACUUCUGUUCUCAAUAGUACUGGUCUGACCACUGCCAAUUAUACUGGCCUCCGGCUCCACACCUUGGAGGGCAACUUGAUGCCCAAUUACACCAUAGACUACACCACUGGUACCAUGAUGAGUUUUGCCACAGUGUUUGCUGUCAUGUUCAACGGCUGUACUGGAAUCAUGGCAGGCUCCAACAUGUCAGGUGACCUGAAAAACCCCAGCUAUUCCAUACCGAGAGGAACCCUGGCAGCUGUUCUUAUAACUUUCAUCACAUACAAUCUGCUAAGUCUGCUGGCUGCAUCGUCCUGUGACUGUCACCUUCUUCAAAGAGACUACAGUUUCCUGGGAGAUAUCAAUAUAUGGCCGCCCAUGGUGACAAUUGGUAUUUACUCCUCUACCGUGUCUGCUGCUAUGAGUAACCUGAUAGGAGCCUCCAGGAUCCUGUAUGCCCUGUCCAAAGACAACCUGUUUGGUGGUGUUCUGGCUCUGGCGAGGAAAACAUCUCGUAGUGGGAACCCCUGGGCCUCAGUGCUUGUCUCCUGGUUGUUUGUGCAGGUGGUGCUGUUUGCUGGUAAAUUGAACACUAUUGCUGGUAUUGUAACUAUCUUUUUCUUGUUGGUCUAUGCUGCUGUAAACCUGGCCUGCUUGGCUCUGGAAUGGGCCUCUGCACCAAACUUCAGACCCUCAUUCCGUUGUUUUACAUGGCACACCUGCACAUUGGGCAUUCUUGGCUGCCUGGUCAUGAUGUUCCUGAUCAAUGCCAUUUAUGCCUUUGCCAGCAUAGCAUUUAUGCUACUGCUCUUGAUGCUUAUUCACUACCUUGGUCCCAUCAGCAACUGGGGCUACAUCAGCCAGGCUCUCAUUUUCCAUCAGGUGCGUAAGUACCUCUUGAUGUUGGAUGUGCGUAAGGACCAUGUAAAGUUCUGGAGGCCCCAGGUGCUGCUAAUGGUGGCAAACCCUCGCAGCUGUAUAGGCCUAAUGACCUUCAUUAAUGACCUGAAGAAGAGUGGCCUUUAUGUACUAGGACAUGUAAAACUGGGUUUAUUAGAUGGGUUGCCCUCUGAUCCUUUGCAGAGCCGUUAUGACUCCUGGCUCUCUUUGGUGGACCAUCUAAACAUUAAGGCAUUUGUCAACCUUACCCUGGCCAACACUGUCCGACACGGAGUUCAGAACCUGCUUUUCAUCACAGGCUUUGGUGGAAUGAGGCCCAACACCCUUGUCUUGGGUUUCUAUGAUGACUGUACCCCUGAAGACCACCUUCAAGGCAAAAUUCUCCUGUCUACAGGCCAUGGCUUGGAUGCAUUCUGUCCAACCACAGACCUGAGUGAACAACGGUCCCCCUUCUUCCCCAAUGUGCGGGGUGCUGAGGGAGCCAAAGACUUUCGGGAAGAGGAAUAUGUGUCAGUAAUUGCUGAUGCCAUAAAAAUGGGCAAGAAUGUGACACUGGCCCGUUACUUCAACCAGUUCAACCGGGAAGAGGUCAUAGGUUCGGGAAGAAAGACUGGCGUCCACCGAAACAUGACAGGGCCAUUUAUUGAUGUAUGGCCUCUGAAUCUGCUUCGACCAGACAGCCGUGGCUAUGUCGACACCUGCUCACUGUUCCUGCUGCAGCUGGCCUGUGUACUUCAUGAAACCCGUGCUUGGAACCAGGCAAGACUACGCCUCUUCCUGUGUGUGGAGGCUGGUUGCAGUCUGCAAGAAGAGGAGCAGACGAAGCUGCGGGUGAUGCUAAAGGAGCUAAGAAUCUCUGCUCAGGUGCAGAUGGUAGCUUGGGACCAGGUGGUGGCGCUGCACUGGCAGAGACAAGGAAAGCAGACAGAAGAACGGUCUGCACAGGAUGAAGAGAGGAGGGAGAGUCAAGAGGUGGAGGAUGCUGAAAAGGAAGAUGGUCUACAAAAGUUCCCCAACAAUGCUGCUCAGCUGACAGAUGAAUAUAUCUAUGCUGUCAACAAUCUGAUUCGCCAACAUGGAGCCCCGCAGCCUGCUGUGCGUUUCCUGUAUUUGCCACGCCCACCAGCAGACACAUACCGUUACCGUGCCUACCUGCACCAGGUGGACCUGUUGAGUCGAGACCUGGGCCCGACAUUGCUCAUUCACGGAGUCACUCCUGUGGUCACUACUGACCUUUAGACUUUUACAAUCAAAUCUUAAUCAACAACCCUAAUCAUGCAUUCUCCAUCCACUGUGCCUGUUGCCUCCAGUGGCUCUUAUUUUUUCACUCACCUGAUACUUAACAGUAUCAGACCUGGGACUGAUAACUGCAGCAAUCCAGUUUUACACCUGAGUCAAAUCCAAGUUUGGCAUAUACGCAGUACAUGUUUCCCUUUCAAUAUGUUAUUUAAACACUUGGGCGGGUAUAUUGAUUUAAUGACAGAGUAUACUCAUGUGAGAUAUUAAAAAUGAACAUUUGCGGCUGUGAAAUCAUCACAUGGAGAUGGAGCUAUAGUGAAAUACACAUUUUGUGGGGUGAAGGGAGCAAAAGUCCUUGCAGUUCUUCCUUAGUAAAGUCAGUUAAAGGAUGUUUUUAGGCCAGUGCUCUUGCUGUAUACCAUACCUUUUUGUUAGUAGUUUCCACAUGGGUAUUGAACUUUGUUUUUUUGUACAUGUUAAUAUAAAAUGUAUUAAAAUGAAUUAUUAUAUUA